AUACAGCGCACGCCUCUUCCCUUGCGCAGCCCUCUUCUGUGAAUCGCGGUGUGUCUGCGUCCGCUUCUUUCGUUGCGCCGUUUCCAUGGAGACGAGUUAAACAUCGCAGAGGGCGACGCGUUACUUCCGUGUUCGCAGAUGAAUCGUGAACCCUGGAGCAGAGAUGAAGAAUCAACGGGACCGAGCUGAGGAGAAAUAACCGAGAAGAGGGAGGAGGUCACAGCCGCCAGGGAGGAGGGAUUCCCGGGGGAGGAACUGAGCUGACAGCGGGGGACUGGAACUAAUAACCUUCAACUGAUGAAACUCACUGGAACAAAUAACCUUCAUCUUAUGAAACUCACUGGAACAAAUAACUUUCACUGGAACUAAUAACCUUCAUGCAGCUCUGCGGUGUUUCGGUGGAGUCACACCCUCGAUGAGGAGCCUCUCUGCUCAGGUGAGUGACUGAGAUCCUCCAGGUGAUCACCACAGACACUGGACACAAACCAACUGCCCAAUGGAGAAAUACGAAAAACUGGCCAAAAUUGGCGAGGGUUCCUACGGCGUGGUGUUCAAGUGCAAACACAGGGACACCGGUCAAAUAGUGGCCAUCAAGAAGUUCGUGGAGUCCGAGGACGACCCGGUGAUCAAGAAGAUCGCACUGAGAGAAAUACGUAUGCUGAAGCAGCUGAAACACGUGAAUCUGGUCAACCUGCUGGAGGUGUUCAGGAGGAAACGACGGCUCCACUUGGUGUUUGAGUUCUGUGAGCAGACGGUUCUCAACGAGCUGGACAAACACCCCCGAGGGGUCCCUGAGGCUCAGCUGAAGAGCAUCGUGUGGCAGACGCUGCAGGCCGUCAACUUCUGCCACAAACACAAUUGCAUCCACCGAGACGUGAAGCCCGAGAACAUCCUCCUCACCAAAACCGGAGUCGUCAAGCUCUGCGACUUCGGCUUCGCCCGCAUCCUGACAGGGCCAGAGGAUGACUACACAGACUAUGUGGCGACCCGCUGGUACCGGGCCCCGGAGCUGCUGGUCGGAGAUACCCAGUACGGGCCUCCUGUGGACGUGUGGGCUCUGGGCUGCGUCUUCGCCGAGCUGCUCCACGGGAAUCCACUCUGGCCUGGGAAGUCCGACGUGGACCAGCUCUACCUCAUCCGAAAAACUCUGGGUGACCUGAUCCCCCGUCACCAGCAGGUGUUUCGCUCCAACGUGUUCUUCAGCGGAGUCAGUAUUCCUGAGCCGGACACAACGGAACCUUUGGAAAAGCGUUUCCACGGAGGCUCCCCUCAGGCCCUCCAGGUUAUGAAGUCGUGCCUGGUGAUGGACCCGUCUCACCGCCUGUCCUGUGAGGAGCUGCUGGAGCUGCCUUAUUUCCAGGAGGAAGGAGGAGCCAACUGGGGCCGCGAGAUCGAGCGCCCGGGAAGACGACACGACAAAGGCUCCCGUCGCCGACAGGCAGGGGCACAGUACCUGCCUCAGUUACCAAACAGCAACAUCUCACCAGCACCGGAUGUGAAGAAACUGGUGAAGCAUAAAUAUCACCUGCCCAACAUUUAGCAAACGCAACCAACUGCUCCACGUGUUCGGGGCCGAACUGAGAGACGUGGACUUUUUAACUUUUGUUUCCCUGAAAUCAUCUGAAAUACAAUUCAUGCUGUUUAUUCCUGGUGUGAGAGUCGGGAUGAGUUUUAAUCCUGUGAUCGCUUUCACUUGUCCUCUUGAUAUUCCUAACAAAACAAAUAGUGGACGACGACAGAGGAGUCCGGUCACUAAUCAGAUAAAACAUCUCACAGGAGGAAGAAUCACCAGUGUGCCAUCGUCUCUCAGACACAUGGACCAGAACUCUCUUGUUCUCUGGCAAAAUCUGUGUUAACAGCUGAUUCAUCUAUUUAACCGGUAAAAAUAUAAUUUCAAUAGAAUUCAUUUGUGGAUAUGUUUUAUUAUAGAAAAACAAUAUAUGCUGAAUAAAUGCAUAAUCUUUAGAUUCUGUAAACGUGUUGUAAACUUUGUUCUAUUAAAACAAUAAUAUAGUGCAGUACAAUAUUUUUCACACCUAAUACUUGACGUGUAGGAUCCUUAACCAAGUCUUAUUAAGGUUUAAUAGAACCUGCCAUGACAACUGAUACUCUGGGUUCCUCACACGCUUCAGCCUCAGUGUUGGACAAUGAUCCCUUAAGUCUGACACGGACGUUCACACACAUCUACACACUGACAGGCUGAACCGCUGAUUGAUGGAUCACCUUGAACUCAUCAGAUUACUGACAUGACUCCUGCUCAUAUCACUGAGCAAAGGGUUAAAGGGCCCAGACUUUUUUUAAAUUGAUGGUAUUUUACCUGUUACUUGUUCAUAAAUACGUUAUCAUACAAUCCUUCUCACAAUGUUUUAUCAUGUGAUUCCUGCAUUUUCUUAAAAAACAAAGACACGCAGAGCAAGAAAACAAAAAACGACCCGAAACAACCAAUUUCUGUUCAUAAGAUGAUCUGUCAAAUAGUAGUUGAUGAUAUUACAUAACUUUUUACAUUACCUCUAUUAGAUAAGCUGUGUUUGUGAGUUGUGUAUUCUGAGGUGUAAUUAAAAUGCAACAAGUGACUAAG